AUGUCUGAGAAAAGUAGGCAUGGAACUCCGACGCUCGUACGGCCGCCGAAUCAUCCUGUGCCGCAGCUUCAGAAGCCGUUCGAGGAAUCAAUGCUGGAGUCCAUCAAUGACCAAGCAGACCAAGAUGUACCGCUAGAUGCCAUGACAAGAAGGACCAUACUUCUUGACUCGCCAACCUACCAGCGCGUCAUUGCAGGAAGAUGGAAGCAAAAGUCUGGAGAGAAAUAUCAUCCGUUAUGGAAGCUAGUGGCUCAGAUGUCCUUUGGAAUGCAUCUCUUAGCAGAGAACAUGGCAGUUUCCGAAGAGGAGGUCAUGCGCAUAUUGCAAUCCCACGUCGACGACAUUGACGGCUUCCUGGAGCGAACAACGGAGGAUUUCGAUUCGGCCCAGAGCGACAUUCAUGAACGAACGCGUUGUCUCAAGCUGCCGCUCGCACACGGCGAUGUCUUCGAUCACAUGUUGGAGGACCGCGCCUUCCGGGCAUCUAUUCUGGAAGGCAAUGAAAAGAUCGACCAUGUCAUCAGCCGGACCAAGCGGUCAGCCAAGGACGCCCUGAAUGAUGUUCAGAAGGGUUUUGAUGCAACAAAUGUCCUAGAGAAAUAUCUGUCUAAACUCAACUCAACCUGGAAGAGGCGCUCGUCUGAACACGAAGCUGUGCUUGUUGCUAUGCUGGGGAAUGUGGAAGGGUGGCGCCGAGCUUUCCUGGAACUACACUUGCAGGGCAACAAGCUGGCGGGAUCGCUCAAGAAGCUCUCUGAGGUUGUCGCAGAAAUGCAAGACAGGGCGGCUGCUGUGAGCAGAAAUAUUGUGGCCAAGGCUCAAAAAACAAAGCAUAUCAGCUCACAACAAGGCGGCCGCGGUACGUCCCGAACAACUUCCAUCAAUGAUCAGAAGCCCCUUCCCGUUGAACCGGGACGGCGCCAUCCCACAAAGAAUGCAUCGCGCAGCACUCAUGUUGCAGGCUCAACGAGCCGCCCAGACACUGGACACAGGUCAGGCCGCCCAAUCGCGUCGCACGCGCCAUCUUCAUACCAUCGGUCGCUCCACUCCUCUGCUUCGAAGAAAGAUCCUGGAGCCGAACCAAGCGGACAAUCGCUUUCACUGGAGGCGAAGGCUCUUGAAGAAUCGCGUGCCAGUCAAAAUACACAACAUCUUCCCAAAAUUGGCGGUCUGCUCAUUCAAUCUGCAGGCGACGCACCCAUAGAACUGCCUGCAGAUGUGCCAGAAGACUUACUGCGGCAAGCUCCAGUCUCAACCAUGAACCGACUAAGUUUGACUCUUGGUCUGAAAGCAAAGGACAAUGGGGAUCACCGGAUCUCCAGCAUUUAUUUUCCUCGAGCGUUGGGCGACCUUUUAAAGUCGCCGGAAAUGUCAGAUCUUCUGUCGACGCCUCAAUCGAACAAUAUCAAGGGUACCCAGAUACGUGCGGUCGCGUCGCCUGUAGUUAUAUCUGCAAAGCAAACAGACUACUUUACUUCACACGAGAAGAGCCCUUCGAUUGGCGUUGCCACGCCUAGUACCAGUAGCCGCCGGCGGACGAACUCGACCAAGACGUCCACUGUCAACAGCAAAUCAUCCGGGCGCUCUUUCAUGGUAGGGUCGGCCGCCGGGACGAGGCGUUCAUCUGGUCCAAACGUGGCGUUCACUUCUCACCGUUCGGUGAUGGCGAUGGCGUCUCCGCCUGCGGAACUUCCUGCUUCCGGACGAGAGGAGCAAUCGUCCUCAAAGUCAAGAAAGACCUCCCGGCCUUCGAGUUUGGGGGAGCCAGGGCCGGAGUUGACAGACGGUGCCACUACGCGAUCAGCCUCUGUGUCAGACCCAAUGAUGCUGGUUGACACAUCCAUCAUCACUAUCUCCCAUGAUCCAGCCCCCUUUGCAGAAGAGAAGCCCGAGGCAGCAGAGGAGCAACAGGUUCCUGAAAGUCCGGAGGACGUUGACGAACGCCAGGGCCACGACACUGCCGUGGCAGACGUAGCAAGGAUUCCGAAGUCCGAAAGAGGCACGGCUAUUGAGACCGAUUAUCCCAAGACUGAGGUAGCUAAUGCCAAAGAAGACGACCUGGGUCAGCUUGUCAGCCCCAACGAGGACGCAGCAGAUCCGCAGAUCCAAUACGUAGCCGAAUUGGAAGCGGCUGUUCCGGCCCCGUUGAGACCUGUCCGUAAAGACCAUGGUCCUGCAGAGUUGGAAGCACCACAGCAAACGUUCAAUCUGCCACCGAGACCGACAGCCGAGCCAAAGAGUGCUGAGGAGGUUGUCCACCGGGCCAAGACACAGCAACCGGAAGACUUCUUCAAGUUGCCUACCGAGGUCACGAUUAAACCAGGUUUGAAACCAAUGGACUUUAGCGACUCGAGUGGUGAAGAACCAAUACGACCUUUGAGAUUGAAGCUUGCGAAGAAAGAUGGCAAACUCGUGCCUGUGCAGAUUAAUGGAUCCAGAGGAUCGAAUGAGUCUGGCGGCUCUGAAUCAAAGUCGCGGAUAGAUGUCGUGGCAGAUAUCAUCGAGACAAUGUCUCACACACCACCAGGCUCGCCGGUUCAUGAGAGGUCUCUCUCCUCAACUUCGUCCAAUUCGGCGCAACGAUGGUCACGUCGGUCCUCGCGCCUGGGACCUCCCGAACAAGCACCAGCGCCUCCUGGCCCAUCGGGACGACCUAUGGUCAGUCCCGAUUUUGCGGCUGCAGGCGAAUUCCAGGGCGAACGUAAGCACAAGACGAGAAGCAGCAACGCAAGCAAGAGUAGCUGGAAGGCUUUCUUCCUCCACGGCGCCUCCAAAUCUAUGCAACGUCCUGAUCUGCCUGCUGCACCUUUGGCUGGGCAGUCCAGUCUGCGACCAUCGAGCUCGGAGAAGGACAUGAUGACGACGUCCGGGAAAGAUGUGCUCUGGUUCAAAGGAGAAAAUGACAAGAGUGUCAACGUCUCGUCUGCCUGA